GUGUUGUGCCAACUGGAAGUCAAAGUUCUGAACAAGAAAAAGGGUGGAGUGAUAUAAAUCUGUCUUUGCUUGCUUUUCCAGAAUGAGGAUCAGUCUGUUGAUCUGUGGAGUCCUGGUGAUCGUGAAAGGGCAGAGGGAAGAUGAGGAAUGGAUUGAUCCAACUGACAUGCUCAACUAUGAUGCUGCUUCAAAAACUAUGAGAAGACCCGAAGAGCUCUCCAACUAUGAAAACGUUCCCACUGAAAGGAAAGAAUACAUCUCGAGUCCAAACCCACAAGCUUUUUGUCCUGACCUUUCCGAGUGCAGCAACAAGCUGGCAGUUUUAGAGAGAAAGGUUGAAGCUCACAAAAAGAAAGUUGAAGCACCACCAACACAAAGUGUCUGCCAUCCGGUUUUUAAGAGAUACCUCAACAAGCUCUUGAAGGACAUCCAGAAGUUAGGCUUACCGGAUGAAGUCGGUCAUGACGUGCAUUACGAUGCCGAUGUUCUCCUAACAAGACAGGCCGUCUCAGAGAUCAGGAAGUUUCUGAGAGAUGAGAGCUGGAAAGCGGGCAUUGUAGAUGAAGCUCUCAGUCAAAUCUUGAUUAAUUUUAAACCCCACGACUAUGAAGCUUGGAAGUGGCGCUUUGAAGACAUGUUCGGUGUGGAGUUGGGAACCUUGCUUCGGUUGUUGGCAGUUUCAGCGUUAAUUGUGUUUAUAAUCUGCACUGAGCUCUGGACUCGGAUUUCCUGGAUGGCUCAGUUGCGACGCAUGUUUAUUAUUUGCUUCAUGGUCAGCAUUGUCUGGAAUUGGCUGUAUCUCUAUAAGACUGCCUUUGCUGAGCACCAGUCUAAAAUAGUGAAGAACGAGGAUUUUAAUGAUAAAUGCAGUGGACUCAAGAAGAUAGACUGGCUGGAUAACGUCAAGGAGUGGUGUAGAAGUACCUGGACGCUACAAGAUGACCCCUGCAAGAAGUACUACGAGCUUGUGUUUGUACAUCCCAUCUUACUGGUCUCUCCAAUUAAGGCAAUUUCUGUGACUUUAGCCAGUCUCAUCACAGAGCCAUGUAAGCAUGUUGGACAAGGCAUCAGUGACUUCCUCCGAGCUCUCUUAAAGGAUCUGCCUAUAACACUUCAGAUUCCUGUUCUCCUUACUAUAGUGCUUUCUAUCCUGGUUUUUUUUUAUGGCAGUGCCCAGGCAGUCAUUCAGAACAUUGUCUUUAGGAGGCCUCUGGGGCAUCAUGACCCGCGCCCCCCUGACCAGCUGCACAAUGUCCCACAAGAGGAGGGUGCGAUCAAAGACAUGCAGGCCAGCGGUGAUGCAUGGUUCCAGGGCAAAGUGGGCAGGAUUCAGUACAAUGGACGUGGAGCCUACUUACGUCACAGAAAUCAAAACCUCAGGUACGGCAAAGCUAUCAUUAUUGAAAGAAUGGGACCCGUUGACAGACCUAUUCAGCAGUUCCCUCAAGACGAGGUCGAAGGAGAGGUCUUUGAUGAUCCUUCUGGACAGAAAGAUGAUCUAAAUGAAAACACAGCAGCAGAAGAGCCAAGCAAAAUAAGAAAAGAGAAGCAGAAUGGAAAGCAAGAAGGGAGCUCUCAAAGACAUCCACAGACUAACAGCAAAGAUGAAAAGAGGCACAAGAGGCAAGGUGAAAAGAAGAGCGAGGAUGCAGGGAUCCAUGGGGAAGUGGACAGGACCCAGUUGCCCCAUAGAAAUGUAAACCGCAGGUCUGGCAAUGCUGAUAUUAUUGAAGGAGUAGGACCCACAGGCACACCUAGUGAGGUCGAAGAUCUGUCUGGACACGAAGAUGAAAACACAGCAGCAGCACCAGUAGACACAAGGCAAGAGAACACAAGAAAAGAUAAGCUGAAAGAAAAGAGAGAAGGGAGCUCUCAAAGAGAUCAGCAGACUAACAGCACCUCUGAAGUAAAAGAUGAAAAGAAGCGUGAGGGAUCAGAUGAAAUGAGUGGAAAGCCAUCCCAGACACAAUGAAGAAGGAAUGAUGAAAAACAAUGAACUGGACUGCACAGAUUGGUAAAUAGAACAGUCAUGCAAAGUUCAAAAUAGCAUCACUUUAAGUUCUCCCAAUUUUGUAUUAUAAAAUCUAUAUGCUGAAUGCAGAUGCUGCAGUUCUUUUCUCCUGUCUGUUUCCUACAUUCCUUUUAUAUUCAGAUCUGCUGGUUGUGCCUUAGUUUAUACAAUGUAUGGGGCAUUAGCUCCAUAGCCCCCAACAACAUGGACAAUGUGAUGUAUGUCAAAUAUUGAUCUUAAGUGGCAUCUGUGCUGUUUUUAACUGGAUUUUAGACUGAUCAGGAAAAAGAAAAAUCUAGGUUGUCAAUAAAAUAUGGCCUCAAAAAAGCAAUUGAAAGUGCAUGGCUGCUUUCACAGGCGCUAGUUAAAGUAAGGUAUUUGAAUCAGAGACUGAAACCACAGUUGUGUGUUAGUUUCAAGAACGUAAAAUAAGGUUUGGUCAGUUUCGUAAACUUGAUUGUUAAAUGACAUAUGAUCAUGUCAUUUUUAUAAAUGGUGAAUGCUUACUAUGGAUGUUGUACAGGUUAGUGUUUCUUUGAUGCAGUGAUAAUGUAUUGAUUCCCAGGUGUCUGACAAUUCACAGCAGGACAAUUCCAGGUCAGUAGAUAGGAUAGUAAAGCUACCUACACAGGAGAACCAACCCAAUAGUUAAAUUCAUAUAUGCAUUUUGUUUUUUAAUAAAGCUAAUAUUCCCAAGUAGCAUGCAAUACAUGU